ACUCCUUUCUACACAGAUGUUAUCAGCUCUGGACCACAGUUGCAAACCCCAUCCUUUGUAGAGAAUCCUGCCAGACUCAGCAGCAUGUCUGCCAGCACCUUUCCCACUCUUGCCAGGAUCUACCUUCUGGGUGUGCUCCUCUCCAUUCUCCCAGGUUCCCAAGCCCAGGUGCGGCUAGUGGAGACAGGAGGACAAAUCACACAUGAAGGCCAGUCUGUGACCCUGACCUGCCAGGCCUCUGGCUUUAACUUCAAGGAUUAUGCCAUGUCCUGGCACUGGAGCUCAACUGGGAGUGCCAAGGAGCUGGUGGCCAGCAUCAGCAAGGAUACUGGCAGUUACAUAGAGUACCGCUCCAGGAUUAAAGGCAGGGCUUCCAUCAAGAGGGACAAUGUGGCCAAAACUGUCUCUCUGACCUUGAACCGGCUUCAAAAGGAGGACUCAGGCACAUACUACUGUGCCAGACUCACUCUGCUAGAGCCCAGGCAGAGACCUUAACACAAACCUGGGAUUAGAGCCCUAGAUGCUGCUGCUGUGCUAUGUGGUACUCCAUGAGUAUGUUCAUGGGGAAAGGGAGAAAUAAGUUCUCCAUGUGUGUAUUUGUGAGGAUUCAGAGAAGGGAA